ACCACGAGCUUCCAUGUCUUGACUUCUUCUUCGGCUCCUCUCCCUCCCCCUUUCCUUGUCUACACGAACCCGAAGGGAAGAAAAAAGGGAAAGGGAAAAUCGCGUGUUGUUUUAGACGACCAAACCGAAGGGCUUGGAGAUCGAGAGGAGGGGAGGAAAGUUUUUCGUGGACUUCACCGACGGGAAGAGAAGAAGAGAGCGGAAGAGUCGUCGUCUUCCUCGUCGCCGCCGGCAAGGAGUUUGAUUUCUCAAGGGGGAUUAAGGAGGGUGCAGGUGAGAGAUUUUGGAUGGGCGACCAUGUUGUGGUGAAUGUGGACGGUUCAGCAAACGGCAAGGAUGGUGGCAUUGCUGAGAAGCCAUCUGAGGCUGUGACUGCUGCGCUGGUGGCUUCGUCAGCGGUUGUGGAUUUGGUCGAUGAGGAUGGUGGGGAGGACGAGCCACUCAUCCAGGCUGCGGAGUGCCGCAUAUGCCAGGAGGAGGACAGCGUCAAGAACCUUGAGAAGCCGUGUAAUUGCAAUGGCAGCUUGAAGUAUGCGCACAGAGCAUGUGUGCAACGCUGGUGCAAUGAGAAAGGAGACAUCAUGUGUGAAAUUUGCCAUGAGCAAUAUAAGCCUGGGUAUACAGCACCACCCCGUGUUCAACCAGAUGAGACGGCCAUAGAUAUAAGUGGUGAUUGGACCAUUACUGGAACUCCUCUGGAUUUGCGUGACCCAAGAAUUCUUGCUGUAGCAGCUGCACAGCGUCGUCUUCUUGAAGCAGAGUAUGAUGAAUAUGGUGGUACCGACGCUAAUGGUGCUGCAUUUUGCCGUUCUGCCGCGCUCAUUCUAAUGGCACUGUUGCUUCUGAGGCAUGCAUUGUCAAUCUCAGACAAUGAAGGAGAUGAUGAUGCUUCUACAAUGUUUUCGCUCUUUCUUCUCCGAGCUGCUGGAUUUCUGCUGCCAUGCUACAUCAUGGCAUGGAUCUUCAGUAUUUUGCAUCGCCGGCGACAGAGAGAGGAAGCGGCCUCAAUUGCGGCAGCAGAGGUAGCAUUCAUCCUGCAAUCAGCCCAGGGCCGUGCCCUUCAGUUCACCAUCGCUCCAGACUCACCUACCACUCCGCAGCAUGAGCCACAGCAGCAGCAGCAGCAGGAGCAGCGAUAGUUAAAAGGACUCAGUAGUUCCACUUGAGCACCGGUACACAUGCACGCAGAAGAGGUAGGUCUGGAUGCCCGUUUUGUUGUUGGUUACUGGCUCGUCAGGAACGCUAGGAAGCUGAUUUCGCUUCCUGUGGCCAGGUGGAAAACCUUGUAACGAGGUCUGUCUUACUCGUCUCGAGCAAUGCGACUGAAGCUGUAUUUCUCCAAGUGUAAUUCAAGAAUUAGUUUAAUGUAAAUUUGAUGUCUAUUACUUUUAUCUUUACAGUGUCGGUGCAACCUAUGUUUAGUGUUACAUUGUGCUGUGCAGUCCUGAGGUGCAAUUAAAAGGAAAGACAUUCGAAGUUCUUAUUGUGUGGUAGAUAUGUAAUCGAUGGAUGCUGAACUAGGAAAUGUUUUUUGAGGCACUGAACUAUGAAAUGUUUGUCGCA